AAAACAAUUAAUUCAAAACAAUAAAAACAAAAAAUGGUGUUCCCUUCACAGAUCACCACAUGCCUCCUCGUCCUAGCCGUCUACAUGGCAGCCCCAUCAGAGUCAACCAUAACGUGUGGGACAGUGACAAGCACACUGGCACGGUGUAUAGGCUACUUGACCAACAGUGGUUCAUUGCCAUCAGACUGCUGCGUUGGAGUCAAAUCAUUGAACCAAAUGGCUCAGACCACACCGGACCGCCGACAAGUCUGUGAGUGCCUAAAAUCUGCGGCUAAGGAUAUCACUGGCCUCAACACCGACCUUGUGGCCACACUCCCUACAACUUGUGGUGUUUCAGUUCCCUACCCCAUUCGUUUUAGCACCAAUUGUGACACUAUAUCGACUGCCGUGUGAAGGAGGCUAGAGAUGUACGACUAAUCAAAGUUGCAAGCUUUUAACCUUUUUUUUUUUUUGUAACAGCAAGCUUUUAACCUAAAUAAUAAGUUUCAUGCUGCUAUUUCCCAUUUUAUGAGUUCAUUCUCAUUAUGUAAUCACCCAUUUCAUAUGGUAAUAACUUCUACUAAUUAAUAACGAAAAAGGAACUAUUUUCGCUCUG